CCGGAGUCCGGAGAAGCUAAGGACCGAGCUGAGCUAGCGAAGCACGGCGCCUGCGGGAAGCCAGGACAGCAGCAACCUCGCCGCGACAUGCGGGCCUCAGGAUUGUGCCAAUGAGGACCUAAGGCACCUGCCUGCUGACCAUCCCAGCCUGCAGUGACCAUGGCUCUGAGCAAGAGGAGUCACCAUGGCCUGGGCUUCCUUUGCUGCUUUGGAGGCAAUGACCUCCCCGAGAUCGACCUCCGGGACAACCACCCGUUACAGUAUCUGGAGUUCUCCGGUCCCAUGCCGAACCCAGAGGAGCUCAACAUCCGCUUUGCAGAGCUGGUGGAUGAAUUGGACCUCACAGACAAAAACCGAGAGGCUGUGUUUGCACUACCACCCGAGAAGAAAUGGCAGAUCUACUGCAGCAAGAGGAAGGAGCAGGAGGACCCCAACAAGCUGGCAACCAGCUGGCCCGACUAUUACAUUGAACGUAUCAACUCCAUGGCUGCGAUGCAGAACCUGUAUGAAUUUGAUGAGGAGGAGACGGACACGAGGAACCAAGUUGUAGAAGACCUGAAGACAGCCCUCCGGACACAGCCCAUGAGGUUCGUGACCCGCUUCAUCGAGCUGGAAGGCUUGGCCUGCCUGCUGAAUUUCCUCCGGAGCAUGGACCAUGCCACCUGUGAGAGCCGCAUCCACACGUCUCUCAUCGGCUGCAUCAAAGCUCUGAUGAACAACUCCCAAGGACGGGCGCAUGUCCUGGCACAACCUGAGGCCAUCAGUACCAUUGCACAGAGCCUGCGCACGGAGAACAGCAAGACUAAGGUUGCAGUGCUGGAAAUUCUGGGUGCAGUGUGCCUUGUACCCGGAGGCCACAAGAAGGUUCUCCAGGCCAUGCUGCACUACCAGGUGUAUGCAGCCGAACGUACUCGUUUCCAGACACUGCUGAACGAGCUGGACCGAAGUUUGGGUCGGUACCGGGAUGAGGUAAACCUAAAGACAGCCAUCAUGUCUUUCAUCAAUGCUGUACUCAACGCUGGGGCUGGAGAGGAUAACCUGGAAUUCCGCCUACAUCUCCGGUAUGAGUUCCUAAUGCUGGGGAUCCAGCCUGUGAUUGAUAAACUCCGACAACACGAGAACGCCAUCCUGGACAAGCACUUAGACUUCUUUGAGAUGGUACGGAACGAGGACGACCUGGAGCUAGCCCGGAGGUUUGACAUGGUUCACAUCGACACAAAAAGUGCCUCCCAGAUGUUUGAGCUUAUCCACAAGAAGCUGAAGCACACGGAGGCCUACCCCUGCCUUCUCUCUGUGCUGCACCACUGCCUGCAGAUGCCAUACAAGCGCAAUGGUGGCUACUUCCAGCAGUGGCAGCUCCUGGACCGAAUCCUUCAGCAGAUUGUCCUCCAGGAUGAGCGGGGCAUGGAUCCUGACCUGGCCCCACUGGAAAACUUCAACGUCAAGAACAUUGUCAACAUGCUCAUCAAUGAGAACGAAGUGAAGCAGUGGCGAGACCAAGCCGAGAAGUUCCGGAAGGAACACAUGGAGCUCGUGAGCCGGCUGGAGAGAAAGGAGCGGGAAUGUGAGACAAAGACGCUGGAGAAGGAGGAGAUGAUGAGGACCCUGAACAAGAUGAAGGACAAACUGGCCCAGGAGUCGCAGGAACUGCGCCAAGCUAGGGGACAAGUGGCAGAACUGGUAGCCCAACUCAAUGAUAUCUCAGCGGGCCCAGUGUCUUCCCCACCUCCCCCUGGAGGUCCACUCACCCUGUCUUCCUCCACAACAACCAAUGAUCUGCCUCCACCCCCACCCCCUCUCCCCUUUGCCUGCUGCCCACCCCCACCCCCACCACCCCUUCCUCCUGGAGGGCCUCCUAUCCCCCCAGGUGCCCCACCCUGCUUCAGCUCAGGCAUGCCCCUGCCUCAGGACCCCUACCCCAGCAAUGAUGCCCCACUCAGGAAAAAGCGCACCCCCCAGCCUUCACACCCAUUGAAGUCCUUCAACUGGGUCAAGCUGAAUGAGGAGCGCGUCUCUGGCACCGUGUGGAGUGACAUCGAUGACAUGGAGGUGUUUCGAAUUCUGGAUCUGGAAGAUUUUGAAAAAAUGUUCUCUGCUUAUCAGAGGCACCAGAAAGAACUGGGCUCCACGGAGGACAUCUACCUAGCCUCCCGAAAGGUCAAAGAGCUGUCAGUCAUUGAUGGCCGCAGGGCCCAGAACUGUAUUAUUCUUCUCUCCAAGUUGAAACUUUCUAAUGAGGAGAUACGGCAGGCCAUCUUGAGGAUGGAUGAACAAGAAGACCUCGCUAAGGAUAUGCUGGAGCAGCUCCUCAAGUUCAUCCCGGAGAAGAGCGACAUUGACCUCCUCGAGGAGCACAAGCACGAGAUUGAGCGGAUGGCGCGCGCAGACCGCUUCCUCUAUGAAAUGAGCAGGAUUGACCACUACCAGCAGCGACUGCAGGCCCUCUUCUUCAAGAAGAAGUUCCAGGAAAGACUGGCAGAGGCCAAGCCCAAAGUCGAAGCCAUCCUGCUGGCCUCCCGGGAGCUGACCCUCAGCAAGCGUCUGAAGCAGAUGCUGGAGGUGGUCCUAGCCAUUGGUAACUUCAUGAACAAGGGACAGCGCGGGGGUGCUUAUGGGUUCCGGGUAGCCAGUCUCAACAAGAUUGCUGACACAAAGUCCAGCAUUGACAGGAACAUCUCUCUGCUUCAUUACCUGAUCAUGAUCCUGGAGAAGCACUUCCCUGACAUCCUAAACAUGCCCGCAGAGCUGCGGCACCUAUCAGAAGCCGCCAAAGUCAACUUGGCAGAGCUGGAGAAGGAGGUGGGCAAUCUCAGGAGGGGCCUCCAAGCAGUGGAGGUGGAGCUGGAAUAUCAAAAGUGCCAGGCACGGGACCCCAAUGACAAAUUUGUUCCUGUCAUGAGUGACUUCAUCACAGUGUCCAGCUUCAGUUUCUCAGAGCUGGAGGACCAGCUCAAUGAGGCCAGGGAUAAGUUUGCCAAGGCCUUGACACACUUUGGAGAACAGGAAAGUAAGAUGCAGCCGGAUGAGUUCUUCGGCAUCUUUGAUACCUUCUUGCAGGCCUUCUUGGAGGCCCGGCAGGACCUGGAGGCCAUGAGGAGGAGGAAGGAGGAGGAUGAGCGGAGAGCACGCAUGGAAUCCAUGUUGAAGGAGCAGCGUGAAAAAGAGAGAUGGCAGAGGCAGCGGAAGGUCCUGGCAGGCGGCGCACUGGAGGAGAGUGGAGAGUUCGAUGACCUGGUGUCAGCUCUGCGUUCUGGAGAAGUUUUUGACAAGGACUUAAGCAAGUUCAAGCGCAACCGCAAGCGAACAGGGACUCAGGUUCCAGAGGUUACCCGCGAGCGGGCAAUAAACAGGCUAAAUUAUUGACUUGGGGACCAGGUACUGGCCACAUAGCAGCAGGCCUGGAGAUAGGGAGACAAGAGCUGAAGAGAAGCAGCAAUGACAGAAGUGAUUUGGAAAGCUGGGUUCGGGAGCCCUGGGCUGGGUCCUAGGGCCGUGUGCUGCUAGACCAGGUGUCUCCCACACUGAUGGAGGGUCUUCUCUCAUCUCUCCACUACAUCAUUAUUCACAUCCUGUCUCUCCCUGUGACCCUCCCUUUCCUGACCAUCAUUCUCUAAGACCAGCUUGGAUAUCCCUGGCAGGCCCAGAGCUAUGGUCAGGAAAUCCCAGGCUGGAGGACAUGGUUCUCCAUACAUUACGUUGGCACGGAGCUGUUUAAAAUCCAGGAGACCACAUUCCUUUUCCGAACUCUCAUACAUUAUGUGGUGGUGGAGUGGGACCCAAGAGCCAGCAGCAGGGACUCAUGGCUCCCAUCAGAAGAGACAGCUCAAUGGAACAUGGAUCUGUCCUUAUGUGUUCUAGUGAGAUAGCUCUAGCAUCCAGAAGGACAUAUAUAGAAAGGGACCAGACCCAGCAAGCAAGUUAUUUGCAUUUUUCCUAGAGUAGGUUCUGGGGUCUCUCCUCUUCUCCCAGCCACCCGCAUCCCACCCACUAAUCUCUGGUCCCCAAAUUCAUCUCUGGAUUGCAGAACUCUGGCUCCCCAGCAGCUUAUAGUAUGGCUCUGGUAAGAAGGGGUGUCGAAGAAAGCAAGAUCUCCUUCAUGGCUUUACCAGAUUGAGGCAAAGGGGCCCCAAAGCAAACCCCAAUGCAACCUGACCAUUGUCUGGGGUCCCAGUGGUUUCUGACCAGAGGACAACACUCAAAUGCUUCACUCCAUGGGAGUGCCUCACGGCCAGCUCACUCGGCUGGCCCCUUCCAUGCCAGUGGUCUCUCAGGCUCCAUCUGAGGUUACGCAGAGCUCCAUGUACUUGGCUGCAGCUGGCCUUGGAAGCUGUUCCCGAGGGCUAGAGCCACCCGCCACAUUUGACUGGCAUUCUGAGGGAUACAUGUAGAUUGGGCUGAGAUCAGGGGAUACUGAGAGCAGGGGGUGGGGAAGAGAGCUUCUGAAGGAUGCUCACCUCAGGGUUUUGCCCCUGCAUCGUGCCCAAGUUUGGCUCCAUCCCACCCACUGGGCCUGACUUGCAUGGGACCCCUCUGGCCCUGCUCACUCUUCUUCUGUCCAUCUUCGGUUGUUUUUAACGGCACAGGUGGGCAGCACUACUCUAUCUAGACACAUGUUCUAAAUGGAGCAGGGAAGAUCAACUCCACGAAGGUUCUUAUUGUCUAAAGCACCCUCUUCCCUUCUCAGCCUGAGACAAGUCUUGCAUGGUUACCAUCUGCUAGCUCCUGGAUCAUCCCAUCUAACCCCGUCUCAGCGUCAUUGCCAGUGGCUGUGGAUGUUCAGGCCUGUAACUGCCCAUCUUCUGUUGUCCUGCAUGAGACUCUCAGGGGGUGGGGUCGUAGUAGCCGUGGGGAGGAGAAACACAGGGUUCAGCUGGGCAUGUGCACUGAUUUGAGAGGGGCAGCAAGUAGAAGCCAGCCCGAGAGGGCGAAAGGGCUUCUAAGAGUGGCCAAUGCCCACCCCCCUCCGCAGCCCCAACAAGCAAACUCUUGAGAGUGAAGAGGCUGGAGCUGGACCACUUCCCAUCUCCUUCCAAACUGGUCAGGCUGUCGGCCUAACAAGCUAGGGGCAGACAGCAGGCAUGGCUGUCUUCUGCCUUCCCAAGCACCACACAGCGGACAAGCACUGGGAAAGACAAGAUGGAAGUUCCUGAAGGAACGUGUUGGAUCCUCAGAAAAGCCAUCUGGCAUCUCUCCAGAGCCCAGCCAUUUCACCCCAAAGAAUUUUGCCUUCUCUAUUUAUUAUUUUCCGACUCUGGCCAGGGCUCUGGUGCUGUAUGUCUUUGUAACCAGAUUUCAACAGUGCCUUGGACCACGGACCACUGUGGGGACUGAGCAGGAAGUGACUGGUACCCAGUGGGGGUCCUCAAUGUUAGAUGAUGUCCACCCCAAUACUGCCCCACCCUUCCUGCUGGCUGUGAGUCCACUGCUCCAGGUAACCUUGUGCACACUGCCAGAUUCACAGUCCAGCCAACACAUCCCUUCUCAGCAGCGGCAAACUUCACCAAAUGGAAGUUUCUCCAGGGGGUAGAAGGACAACGCUCCCCAGGUGGGUAGAGUCGGGCACGGGCGCUUCCCAUCCACUCCUGUUGCCACCAACUGAGGAGCCGUGACCACCUCCCCAGGACAUCUGUCAACCUUUAUGCCAAGACCACUCACCAGCUGCUGCAGAAGACAAACAAGGCUCAUAUAUGUACAGAAUCUACAGUGUCCUUUUUACCCGCACCCUUUUUUAAGAAUAUAUUGUAAUACUAAAAGAUAUUAAAUUCAUCCUCACCCCAA